AACACUCCUCAGUGAUUGGUUACUCUCUUGUUAAAACACAGCGCUGUACCUUGAAUGUUGUUCCUGUCCUGAGUUGGGAAACACACGCCAGGCUCAGCCAUGGAUCUGGUGUUAAACGUAGCCGACCACUACUUCUUCACGCCGUACCUGUACCCAGCCUCGUGGGCAGAGGAUGGCGCCCUGCGGCAGAUCCUGAGCCUGCUGGUGGUGACCAACCUCGGGGCGGUGGUCCUCUAUUUGGGCCUGGGGGCCCUCAGCUACUACUUCAUCUUUGACCAUAACCUCAUGAAACAUCCCCACUUCUUGGAGAAUCAGGUUCGCAGGGAGAUCAAAUACGCACUGACCUCUCUGCCAUGGAUCAGCAUCCCCACCGUCGCCUUGUUCUUCGCCGAAGUUCGAGGAUACAGCAAAGUGUACGACAAUGUCCACGACUCUCCGUUGGGGUGGACUGGGCUCUUCCUGAGUAUGAUCUCUUUCCUGCUUUUCACUGACAUGUGCAUUUACUGGAUUCAUCGCUUCUUGCAUCAUAAGCUGAUUUAUAAGCUCUUUCACAAGCCACAUCACGUGUGGAAGAUCCCCACGCCAUUCGCCAGCCACGCCUUCCACCCGGUUGACGGCUUCAUGCAGGGGCUCCCCUACCACAUCUACCCGUUUCUCUUCCCGCUCCACAAGGUGCUCUACUUGGUCCUCUAUGUUUUUGUCAACAUCUGGACCAUCUCCAUCCACGACGGCGACUACCGCGUCCCCAGCGCCAUGACGGGUCUCAUCAAUGGCUCGGCGCAUCACACCGACCACCACCUUUUCUUUGACUACAACUAUGGCCAGUACUUCACGCUGUGGGACCGCCUGGGGGGCUCCUACCGACAUCCGUCAGCCCUCAUGGGAAAGGGUCCCCACGACCUGAUCCGCAGGCUUCGAGCAGAGGGAAAGUUAGACAGCGGCAAAAUCAAUGGACAGAGUGGCAUCUCGCGCAAAGAGGAGUAGCAAUCGCUUUUCUGAAGACAAUCGCAAGAGACAAUCAGUAAUCCUCUGGAAAUCAUACAAUCAUUAAGUUUGCACUUGCUAAAUAGGGAAUUGCUGAGCGCAAUGUGACUACCGGUAGUUGUAACUUGGGAUGUUCAAUACCAGAGCUUUUUUUCAGGCCGAUAAAAGCACAAGUAUUCACUCAA